AUGCCUUCUUCGCGGCCCCCCACCCAAAUUUCCAUUUUUUUUUUUCUGUUCCCUCUACCUUUCUUGGACGAAAUACUCAACGACGCCGUCCUCGCCGCCACUCCUCUCUGGAUACCUCGCCCUGACUUCCAAGUUUUUUCCCUGUUCGCGACGCCGUCCCCCAGAUUUAUUCAUGACGCGACUCUUCCUCUCCUCGCCGCCGUCCUCACCGUGACUUUUCCCUCCUCGCCAUGGCUCUUCCUCAUGGUGUUGCCGUUCUCUCUGCGGCCAAAGCCAAUGACAACCCGCCUUCUCCUCUAUAAGUGGUUCCCUGUCUCUUCCACUCCAACCGACGGCAGCCACCCAACCGUAGGAACACCCACCGAGGAAGUUCCGAUAUGUACCGGAAACUUGCAAAACAGAUAAAGAAUGGUAAAUUAAUACUUGUGUGAAGAAUGAUUGGGGACUCCUAUAGAAAAACUAUCAAGAUAUCCAACACAAGUUACUGGGAGAUUGGCUUGGUUCAAGUGUUUACUCAACCAGAGGGGAUUGCUGCUGCACUAUUAGUAGGACCUAGACGUUCCCCUCCGAUAGGGCCUGGUUGUUGCCUGAAACAAUUAAGGAGGUUUUGAAUUUGACUAACAAGUCGAUUGGUCACUUCAGUUUUUAAGGCUGUAAUUUAUUUUUUUGUCAAUAAUGUAACACAUUUAUCAUUAAUAUAGCAAUUAUGUUCAUGAGGUUCA